AUGGCCGGCAUGUUCUUCCUAAUCCUCCUCUUCACCGCCUUCCGAAUCAAGGACCCACACGUCGCCGUCGCCGGACUCACUACCACCAACGGGACCGCCGCCGUCGGGAACGCGACGGUUCUCGCCGACGUCAAGGUGAGGAACCCGAAUGCGGCGGCGUUCAGGUUCGGACACGGGGAGGCGACGAUUUACUACGGCGACACGGUGGUGGGGGAGACGGCGACGCCGCCGGGGAGGGCGAAGGCGGGGGGGACGGUCCAUAUGAGCGUGGCGGUGGAGAUUUCGGGUGAGAAGUUAUCCGGUGUGCCGCAGCUCAGGGAGGACGUUGAAUCCGGGACGUUGAUGAUGAGCUGCGUAACGCGGAUUCCCGGGGAUGUGAAGAUAAUUACGAAAAAGCACAUGGUGGUGAAAGCUAUAUGUGCCGUUAAUUACGACUAUGCCACGGGACAAGUCACAGCUGGUCGCUGCGCACAGUAUAUUAUUUCGUAA